AUGUGUCCGUGCGUAUCUGGGGACGUUUACGCGUACGACUCAGAUGGACACCUGAAAUCGCUCCGCCUCUUCUGUGUCUUUUUAACUUUACUCUUCCACUCUAGGUCAGUGUCUGCAGAUGCCACAACAGAUGCCUUCAAAAACAACAUCACCCUCUUCACACGCAUCCUAGACCGCCUUUUGGAUGGCUACGAUAACCGACUGAGACCCGGACUGGGAGAUCGAGUCACUACAGUAAAGACAGAUAUCUACGUUACCAGUUUUGGCCCUGUUUCAGACACAGACAUGGAGUACACCAUUGACGUGUUCUUCAGGCAGAGCUGGAAAGACGAACGGCUGAAGUUCGAGGGACCAAUGAAUAUUCUGCGUUUGAACAACCUGAUGGCCAGUAAGAUCUGGACUCCAGACACAUUCUUUCACAAUGGGAAGAAAUCUGUGGCACACAACAUGACCAUGCCCAACAAACUACUGCGUAUCCAAGAUGACGGCACCCUACUCUACACUAUGAGGUUGACAGUCCAUGCCGAGUGUCCAAUGCAUCUCGAAGAUUUUCCCAUGGACUUCCACUCCUGUCCGCUCAAAUUUGGCAGCUAUGCCUACACAUUAACGGAAGUGACGUACACCUGGACAAAGAAUGCAUCUAACUCUGUGGUGGUAGAGGAGGAGAGCUCUAGACUCAACCAAUACGACCUACUGGGACAAACUGUGGGCAAUGAAACCAUUCGUUCCAGCACAGGUGAGUACACAGUGAUGACGGCUCACUUCCAUCUGAAGAGGAAGAUUGGUUAUUUUGUUAUUCAGACGUACCUGCCGUGCAUUAUGACCGUCAUCCUGUCCCAGGUGUCCUUUUGGCUGAACCGAGAGUCUGUUCCGGCUCGGACCGUGUUCGGCGUGACCACAGUACUGACUAUGACUACUCUGAGUAUCAGCGCUCGUAACUCCCUGCCGAAAGUCGCCUAUGCCACAGCCAUGGACUGGUUUAUCGCCGUGUGUUAUGCCUUUGUCUUCUCCGCCCUGAUCGAGUUUGCCACCGUCAACUAUUUCACCAAGCGUGGCUGGGCUUGGGAUGGCAAGAGCAUAGUCAAUGACAAGAAAAAAGAGAAGGCCUCAGUCAUCAAGAAAAACAAUGCAUAUGCCGUUGCCGUGGCUAACUACGCCCCCAACAUCACUAAGGACAGCAUCCUUCCCACGAUCGCUAAGGGGAGCAUGGCCGAACCAGGGAAGGCCAAAGCCGACGGAAAACCACCCGAGGCAAAGAAAACCUUUAACAGCGUGAGUAAAAUUGACCGUAUAUCCCGCAUCAUGUUCCCAGUCCUUUUCGGGACUUUCAACCUGGUGUACUGGGCGACAUAUUUAAACAGAGAACCUGUGAUCAAAGACAUGGUGCCCUCAAAUUAGAGGCCUUCCAGGAUUGCCAUGGACUAAAGACUAGGCCAGAACCACCCAGGGACUCUGAAUACAUCACGCUCCAAUGCUCUUUCCCCAUCUGCUCUGGAACAGACGUGCCAUGGAUUGAUGCAAGAUGCCUUUCUUUCUCUUUCUCUUGCUCUCGUCUCUCUUUUCUACAGCUUUUUCAGUAGUCCUUUUAAAAUGACAUUUGCCUUUGUAAAUAUGUACUUAGUGAAAAUGAUGUGUUGCGUAAGUGCACAAGUUUGGUUUGACGUUCUCCUGAAAUCUGACUUUGGA